GACCGGGUUCGAGAAGGCACCACGAUUGGCCGCCUCAACUCAGUGGGCGGUUGAUAGUUGGUCAGUUUCGUGAGGCCCAAGUCAGGAUCCCAAACCCCUCCAUAUAAAUAGCAAAUCGCGGCAUGAUUUUCGAACUCUUUUUCACCAAGCGCGCGCACACAGAUUGCUUAGAAAAUCAAAUCUCGUCGCUGUUCGCUCUCUCUAUUUUGAAUCCAUAUAAGCUACGUACGGUAAACGAUUACUGAUUCGGGCGAUUAUCAUCAUCAUCAUCAUCAGCAGCAGCAGCAGCAGCAGGAGCAGAUAAUUGGUCGCGCUGGUUUUUUGGGUUUGUGGUCGCAAAAGCCAUGACAACUCCUCUAGUAAUAGGUGCUUCUGUGGCAAGUGCUGCCAUAGGGGCAAGAUACAUGAUUGCAGCAUGGCAAGCAUUCAAAGCUCGCCCUCCAAUUCCCCGUGUUCGAAGGUUUUAUUAUGGCGGGUUUGACAACGUCAUGACUCGGCGGGAAGCAGCAUUAAUUCUCGGAGUCAGAGAGAGCACUGUGAUGGAGAAGAUUAAGGAGGCUCAUAGGAGAGUGAUGAUGGCAAAUCACCCUGAUGCCGGUGGGAGCCACUAUCUGGCUUCCAAGAUAAACGAAGCCAAGGAUGUCUUGACAGGUGGGUCCAAGGGAGGAGGAAGCUCAGCAUUUUAGAUGACAGGUCAGCUUACCAAUGUAUAUCUGAGGGUGUUAUUAUUCAUAAAGAAGAUGAGGUUCUGCUCUUGCGUUUCUCUAUACAUUCUUUGAAUUAUGUUGUAAUUGUAUGUGAUUUUGGAUAAUAAACCUCAAGCCUCAUAAAUAAGUUAAAAAGAUUAA